UGUUAACUCAAUAUUUUACUAAUAGUUGUUUAACAUUUAAAGUUAACACUCAUUUGUGUAAAACAACAUUUGUUGUAAAAUAUUGUAUAGGAUUUACCUAAAACUAUCAUGUAAUUUUAAAGAUGUUCUAGUGCAAAGUGGUCCAUGGAUAUAUGACAACAUUAUGACUUACAAAAUGUGUUGGAUAUGAAAUUGGAUAUGGACUUAUUUUAUAAACGGACCAGAGAAGUUAAUCUCGGAGCUAAGCUUACAAGACAUGCCAGUGUAUAUAAUUCUUUAAGUUGGAAGACACAAAGUUUGCAAGUAAUGUAAUAUACUAUGGCAUUUUACAUCAUUAUUUUUUUUUCAGAUUUACCUCAGAGCUUAGCUUACAAGACAUGCCACACAAAGUUUGCAAAUAAUGGCUUCUUAUAGCCCUAAACUUUUAGAAAAGAAAUACAAUAACUGGGUUAAAUCUCAGUUAGCAGUGUUGAUUACUAAAGAAGGUAUUGAACCUUUUGUUUGCAAUGAAAUCAAACAAUUCCAAUUGAAAUGCUUAGAUGAUAUAUGUUACCAAAAUGGACUAUUUAGUGGGACGUUGUGUUCGAAUUGCUGUACGGAAAAUGUUAUUAAAUGUCCAACAAAUAGAAUAUGUAAUGUUAGACGUGGACAAUGCAGUUAUCAUCGAAAUGCUGCAACAAGGUAUAAUCCUGUCGGCUGCCCGAACAAGAUAUGCCAUAAUUUCACAACUGAGAUACAGAAUGCGCAUAGGUACGCUGGUCCAUCUUACAAAAACACUGAUGCUUCACAGUGGUGUAGUAGUUUCUGGGAAGUGGCGAAAUGCUUCAUGCCUCCAGAUGGGUAUAAAGAUAAAACAUCUACAGCAGAAACAGACUUCAAUGGUAUAAUCAGCGUUAUUCUCAAUUACAAAGGCUUCCAGGGGAAAAUACAUGAGAACCUCAACAAUAAGAAGAAUAUGUUUGAGGAGGCAAGAGAAAUUGGAAGAAAAGUACGACAUUCCUCAACACUUGAAGUAGAGGAUACAGAUCUUCAAAACUACUUCAAACUAUUACAGAAUCUACUUUCUGAUAAAGUAUAUUUAGCUACAGACACGCAUGCGCAGAAUGCUAAAAAGAAACUGACAGAGUUAGAAAAUGACACUUUAGUCAUUGGUAAAGAUGAUGUAAGAAAAGUACUAGACGAUGUGGCAAAGGCAAUUCAAGACAAGAUGAAGGCUGGAUUAGACGAGCAAUAUGACAGAAUUAAACUAGAUAUGAUAAAAAGAAAACAAGAUCUUCUAUCUCUGCAGUCACAAUUAAAAGAUAAAGCUGAUGCUUCUGUUAAAAGAAUGCAUGAAGAACGGGACAAAGAAGUUGGGAAAAUUCAUGAACAAGGAGAAAAAGAACGAGCAGACCUGGCUGGAUUAGGAGAGACGUUAUGCAAAAGACUUAAAACAGCAAAUAAAGACGAGAAAAAAAAGGAAUAUAUUGAUUCUAAACAAAAUCUGAAGGAUGAACUUAUAGACUGGUACAACACCUAUCAGAGUACAGUUCCUCUUUCACCACUCACAGAUGAUGACCAUACCCCUCUAGCUGGGUUCUACAUUAUGCCAGAAAUUGACAUACAGACGAAUCUUCCAGGUGGAAGGAAAGAAACAACUAGAGUCAAGUCGUUACAGGACCUGUUUACAUCGGGUAGAAAAGUUUCAAGGGAAAUAUAUUUAUCAGCGGUCGCUGGAUUUGGGAAAACAGCAUUUUCAAAAUAUCUCGCUAUAACAUGGUGUCAAGCUCAUAAAAAGGAUGAAAAUUAUAACCAUUUUAAAAAAGAAGAAUUGGAGGCGAUAUCUGGCUUUGAGUUUUUAUUUCUAGUGCUAUUGAGAGACGUAGAUACAGAAUGUGAUGUUGACAACAUGAUUGAACAACAAAUCAUAAAUAAUCUUCGUUGUAAAUCUGAAAUACCAAAAACUCUUUUAAAUGACAUUUUACGCAAUGAAAAAUGUCUUGUUUUACUAGAUGGACUUGAUGAAUGGUUCAUCCUGACAACGAUUGUUCAAGACUUCCAAAAAGUAUUCCUCAUCGGUAUGCACGUGAAAAGUGUGUAAUCCUAACAACGACCCGGCCAUGGAAGCUUGGAGUCUCAAACUUGAAGACUAAUCAAGUAGACAAAACAGUGGAGCUAGUUAAACUAGAUAAACAAAAUGUAAGGCAGUUUAACCUAAACGCAAUGAAAAUAUUGAAA